CUGUUUUACUCUUUACCCUUUGUCAUGUUGAAAGAUAUAUAUAUUGGCCACCAUCUUGGAAAUGGACAGUACAUGUAAAUGGACGCAGUUGGUAUGGGGGAGUCGUAUGGGCGUGAGGAUGCUCGUGAUUGUGGGCGUGGCUCUCAUGUUAUGUGCCCCGCCUCUUGUGCGCGGACACGAGGAGCAGCCAGAAGGGGAGGACUUAUGCGGUCAGAAAUGUUCAUGCAGAGCUACUGUCGUUCGAUGUUUUGAAUUGGUACACAUGCCCAAAAUCUUUCCCCAAAACACCACGAAAAUCUACUUCGAACAACUUGUGACCGAACUGGUACCAGCUGAUGCGUUUAAGAGUAUCCCGAUGGUAAAGACAAUAGAAUUCAGCCGUAGUAACAUAGGACGAAUCGCGGGUUGUGCCUUCGACGGAUUAACCGAUCUGGAGGAUCUGUAUUUUUCAAGGACUGUCAUUGGAUCGAUCGCUACCAUGGCGAUCAGUAACAUUGACACGCCCACUUCUGUCGUCAUGCAGUUGUCUACAAUUACCACACUAGAAACUGCUGCAUUUUCUAACUUGCGUAACAUCUCCAUGUUUCAGAUCUCGAACUGUACCAUUCACGAGAUGGAGCCAAAUGUGUUUAGUGGCAUUUCAAAUGUGGAGAAAGGAUUCGUUAUAACCAAAACGAGGCUCAUAGAUUCCAAUGGACCGUUCCUCCAUGACAUGCAGUCGGUAGGGAAAAUAGCUUUUACAGAAAACAGAAUAGGGGCAUUCCCCUGCCUCGCUUUGGACAGCCUUGCGUCAUCAGACAAUUUGCUCGCUAUCUCGAACAAUUAUUUCAACUGCACGUGUGUGAACUUAGGGAAAGGUGAUCACCUGACCGAGCAUGAAUAUGUGAAGGCCCAGCUGAUGAACAGUGUGUGUUUUGGCGUAACUAAUGGACAGGAAAUAACACUAACAGAGUAUCUUGAGAAAAGUUCGUGUAAGCCAAAGACAUGUUCAUCAUUCCAAGCCAGAGAUAUAUCACGGUUAUCGUGUAAGCCCGAAAGAGUCCGAAGAAAGAACACCAACACUAAUGGUAACGUUUGGAAUGCUGGAAAUACGUCAUUGAUGACGUCACAAACAUGGGCUCUACUGAUUGUGGUGUAUUGUCUGUUGGUAUUGACUUGAGAACAUACCAAAACGUGUAAUGUUUCUCUAAGAUUUGAUUUUAUAAGACCACCACUCUGUGACUAAGGAUAAGAUAGUUAGAAUAACAGAGAUCAUGAAUCCGACAUGCUAAUGUUAAACAGAGAAAGAGAAGUUCUAUUUAUGCAUCUUCGGUCCUGUCACCGACAUCUAAAAGAAUGUAUAGAUUGAAAAUGGCCAACAUACAUGGCAUAUCGUGACAUCUAAUAUAAAUUCUAAACAUACUACAAUUUAACAAUACAAAAAUAACAUAGCAUAACACCAUCAUUAAAAAACGUCUAAAAAUAAACAUCUCAGAAUGACAAUGGUAGUAAAUUACAACAAAAGCCUGUGUGGGUUGCCAAACUCCGUCAAACUCAAAACAGGCAUGUGAAACACAAACCAAUAUAGUAAACAUAAAAUAAGAAGAUAAAAGAACCAGGGGAGGAAGUGGGUGGGUUAAGUGAGAAAACCUUAAAAACAGCAUUGGAAAGCUGCUACCCAUAAUUUUUUUGCUGUUCAACAGGGGCACAUAAGUAUGUACGGUUACCUAAUGUAAUUAAAGGGAGAUAACUCGUGUAUAAAUUUUAGCACAUACAUUAUAUAUUUGGAAAUGUGCAGGCCUUCUGAUGCAUAAAUUAAGCUAAGUGCUUAGCUGUCUUUUACAUCUUCGUGGUAUUUAGUAUACUACAUAGGCCACUGACGAUGAUAUAUCGCUAUUCUAUUUAAAAAACAAUUUCUAACAGAUGUUCUAUGACACAAUUAUCAGUAUCAUGGCGUCAUUCUAUAUGACGUCACGCUAUUGUCUCGAUAAUAAAACUGUCUGUCAAUCCUCAUUAUAAUUUGCGAUGAUCACUAUUCUAUAUAAAAAAAACACACACUUCUGACAGAUGUUCCGUGACACGAUUAUCAAUACCAUGACGUCACGCUAUUGUCUCGGUAAUAAAACUGUGUCUGUCAAUCCUCAAUAGAUAAUAAAAUCUACAAGGAUUUUCGCAACAAUUAAUUAGUGCAUUAUUUUAUACGAUAUUGCAUUUGAUUACCAUGUUACAUGUACAUGUAUAUGAUUUCAUAUAAGUCACUCGACAAAAUAUCCAUAUCUCAUAAUUAUGUAGAUAACAUGAAAACGUCUGCAUUGUGGUGAAACGGAGUCGUACAUGUACCGAUGGACCUUAUCGUUAGGUCUAUGGUAAACUUGUACAUGCGCUUAAUUAUGUGAUGUCAUCAAUGAUAAUUUCUAAAAAAAAUGUUUAUUUUUGUUACAAAAUACUUUUUUUAUAUUAGGUGAAUGUAUCAGCUGUUUAAACGUUUAAUACUCUCAUUUUAGCGAUAUCACUUUAGGUAAAAUAUUUGUAAAACAUUGGAUGGUAAACAAUAAUAAAACAUUAAAAUGAUUUCAGUAUAUUUACA